AGAUAAUAUUCUAUUAAAUUCUAUUGUCGCUUUGGGCUCCAAAAUGGCACAGCAUUACCAUCAGCACGACCGUCAGCCAGCGCAGUAUCGGACGCUGAUCGUGCUGGACAACAGCCACGCAGCGCGAUCCGACACUCUCGCUGCUCGCUUUGAGCUAGGUCCAAAGGGAUCGCCGCAGGCUGUGCGCAGUCCGUGGUCGUUUCAGCUCGAAGGCGCGCUCGAGUACUGCCGCAUUGCGUUCGACCUCUUCCCAACCCGUGCAAAGGUUUGUGUGGUCGCAGCGAACGAUGUCGAUGGAUUGGUGCCACUGAACAAUUGGCAAUGGUCGGCGCAAUCAACAACCGCGAUCAUUCAAGGAGGUGUUGCGGCAUUGGGUCGUGCCCCACCACCAGCAGCUCUGUUUACACUUGCUCAAAUCAUCCCGCUUGCCGUUCAGUUCAUGCAAGGAUCACACACGUCUGGCUUGUUGACAGAUCCGCCACGACAUGAACCUCGGCAACAGUCGUCGUCGUCGUCGUCCUAUGCUGAUGCGCCUGUCAUUCACACCCGCAUUCUUAUCGUUACAGCAACCGCAGCAGCUUGGAAUGGGUUUUUGCCGGCUCCAACUCAAACUCCAACGCUCGAAACCAAUCCUUCCUCCACCGUGGUCAACGAUCCUAUCUUUACAGCCCGCUUGCUCGUAGAUACAGCCAUUGCGCAAUUGGCUCCGUCGCCAGCCGCACAGGAAUGGCUGGCUGGCUUGCAGUUUUACAUUAUUUCUUGCACUUCGGCACUCCCGCCAGUGGCAGACCCGGCCAAACUCCUUCCGGGUGGUGUGCACGGCGAUUCCACGCCCUUUUUAACGUAUGCCUCGAGCGACUCGGUCGGGACGCUGUGGAUUGCUUGCCCCGUACUGGCUCGCAUCCACUUUGGUCUGCGCACAUUGCGCGUGAUGGGUGCCCCGGGCUCUCGUCCCUCUGGCUCUCAUGAGCCACUUCAAGAUGUCAACUUUUACUAUGCUGCUGAAAACCAUGCUGCAGAGAGUCUGCUUGAACUUCAGUCCCGCGCACCCAUUCCCAAAUCCCUAACGUCGUCGUCGUCUCUGCAUGCAUGGUACUUUUCCAUGAUGUUGGUCUCUGACCUGUCAACUAUUCCGACGACCCUCCUGUCAAACACGCUCGCAGCUGCAAAUUCAGCAACAGGAGCUGGCUCUGAAGAUUCGUCUGCCCCUUCGUCGAGUGCACCCUCCCCUGUUGCUGCUGCUGCUGCUGCUGCUGCUGCUGCGCCAUCAGCGGAUCAGGACAGCAAGGUGGAUAUGCGCCUCCAUGGCUUCGGUCGGUAUGGAGCGCUGACGUGUGACGCGCGGCAUUUGGAAAAGAGCAAAGUUCCGCGCUUGUCUCUUCCUUGCUCGUGUGUCCAUGCCAUCACCCCUGUAACUCUGGGGCUGCAAGCUGUUGCGGGCACCAUCAAGUACACUGCAACCGUGACCUUGCUGCUGAUUGACAGCUCUACCACACACGAUGGGACGUUUUCCAUCCCCAGCAUCACCCAUCUCGUCAUGAAUCACAACGGCAGCCUCUUCCUUCAUUGCGUCAUGCCCAACGCCCUCUUGGCGGAUGUGGCUGCUCGUCCUCCACCUCCUUCUGCUCUAGCAGCCGCUCGUUCAUUUGAUCGCAUUAUGCGAAACUCGCUCCUCGUUCCUGCUCGCGAGGCGAUCGGUCCCGAUGCGCCCUUUUCCCGGCUCUCCCAGUCCUUGUCUGCGCGCAUCGACGCUGCUGAAGAAACUGCGACCACCACUGCGUUACUUGAAAGGGCGACACGCCGAGUUCCUCGUCUCGAGAAUCAAACAUCGUUGUACUCUGUCCUGAAUAACGAACUUGGCACACUCGCACAGCCAUUACUUGAAGAGCUUCUUCCAACAAUCGUCAAUAGUGUUCCGCUGACGCGGACCCAGGUGGACGAGCACAUUCAACGAUUAUUUGAGUCCUUCCAAUUGCAGUCGCCAGGAGUGACUGCGAUUGGCUUGCCGUUGAAAACGUGCCGGUUGUUCUGGCUCGAAUUGCGCGAAAUGGCCUGGGCGCUGGAGAGCCCUGGAGCUCGUGCUAUUGUGGAAAGCAUGGAUCGGCGCUUCCAGCCCGUCGUGCUGGCGGAAUGGAACCGUCUCUUGCAAGAAGAACGAAACGACGAGGAAUCGCAGGCUGCCAACUCCCGCGGCAAGCGACGACGAGAAGAAGACGGAACAACGACCGACAGCGCCUCCAAGCGUGCUCGCGAAUCCCUUGCCGGACCCAACCAGUCCUCGUCCGAUGCUGCAGAGGCUGGCUUUGCAACCCUCGACAAGUACGAGGCGAUGAGUGUGCGAGAGCUACACGACAUGAAUACCAGCGACCACAACAAUGCUCACCAACGAUUCGGGGCGAGCGCCAGCCAUCCGACGCUCGCACCAGCACCAUUGCUCCCUGGUCCGUCGUUGCUGGCAGGCCCGCCCGUAGGCAUUCCCGCAUUCCAAGAGAAGAAUUAUUUCAGCGCGUCCUCCAGUGGAAGCGGCUCGUCAUUGCUGGCAGCGGAUGUACCGGCCAGCUCUGUACUUGUUCCCGGAUCGAGCUCGCUGGUUGCAUUGCUCCAAGCCAACCAUCGCCGCGCCAAUCCACAAACGUUCGCGCCCGAUCGUCUGUUUCUGCAGCGGAGCUGAGUCGGGAUUGGUGCGUUUGAUUGUCAAACACCGUCUCAAUAAAUGCAAUAGCUGAA